GGGCGGGCUGGCCGGCGGACCAGCGGGCGGGGGCAGCCUGCGAGGGGCGGGAGUGUCCCUGCGUGGAGCCGGCCGACCUGGAGUUGUGUCAGUGAAGGAAUCCAGUCGGGGGCUGAGCAGGCUGCGCCCUCCGCCGCGAGCGCCGGCAGCGCGGGGCGAGCUCCGGACCGCACGCGCGGCCCAGGCAGCGGCUCCUUCUCAGCCCGCCCUCCGCGCCGCUGGGGCCGCCACCUCCGCUGUGCCUCCCCCCGCAGCGACCGCGCCCCCGAUCCUGGUCCCCGGCCCAGGACAGAGUGCCGGGCGAUCAGCACAGAGAGCACUCCAGAACCCAGCCUGCUUUCCGCAGUAUCUCCGUGGAUCUCCAGGGCUUAUUCCACUAGAAACAAGAUGGCCGAGCUCAAUACUCACGUGAAUGUCAAGGAGAAGAUCUAUGCAGUUCGGUCAGUUGUUCCCAACAAGAGCAAUAAUGAAAUAGUCCUAGUGCUACAGCAGUUUGAUUUUAAUGUAGACAAAGCCGUGCAGGCCUUUGUGGAUGGCAGUGCGAUUCAAGUUCUGAAAGAAUGGAAUAUGACGGGGAAAAAGAAGAACAAUAAAAGGAAAAGAAGCAAGUCCAAGCAGCAUCAAGGCAACAAAGAUGCUAAAGACAAGGUGGAGAGGCCCGAGGCAGGGCCCCUGCAGCCACCGCCGCCACAGAUACAGAAUGGCCAUGUCAAUGGCUUCGAGAAGGACAGCUCGUCCACUGAUUCUGCCAGCGAAAAACCAGGCCUUAUCCCUCGUGAGAAAGCGAUCUCAACACUCGAGGAACCUUCAAAGGCUCUCCGUGGGGUCACAGAAGGCAACAGACCACUGCAACAGAAACUACCCUUAGAUGGCAACCCCAAACCUAUACACGGGACACCAGAGAGGUCAGAGGGCCUGCAGUGGUCCGCCGAGCAGCCUUGUAACCCCAGCAAGCCUAAGGCAAAAACAUCUCCUGUUAAUUCCAAUGCCCCUGCAGCUCAUCUUGAAAUAAAGCCAGAUGAGUUGGCAAAGAAAAGAGGCCCAAACAUUGAGAAAUCGGUGAAGGAUUUGCAGCGCUGCACUGUGUCUCUCACUAGAUACCGCGUCAUGAUCAAGGAGGAAGUAGACAGCUCGGUGAAGAAGAUCAAAGCUGCCUUUGCCGAACUGCACAACUGCAUCAUUGACAAAGAAGUUUCAUUAAUGGCAGAAAUGGAUAAAGUUAAAGAAGAAGCCAUGGAAAUCCUGACUGCUCGUCAGAAGAAAGCAGAGGAACUAAAGAGACUGACUGAUCUAGCCAGUCAGAUGGCAGAGAUGCAGCUGGCCGAACUCAGGGCAGAAAUUAAGCACUUUGUCAGCGAGCGUAAAUAUGACGAAGAGCUCGGGAAAGCUGCCCGAUUCUCCUGUGACAUUGAACAGCUGAAGUCCCAAAUCAUGCUCUGCGGAGAAAUCACACAUCCAAAGAACAACUAUUCCUCAAGAACUCCCUGCAGCUCCCUGCUGCCGCUGCUGACCGCUCACUCAGCAGCCUCUGGAAAACAGAGCAACUUUACCCGAAAAUCGUCCAAUCACAACAAGCCCUCCGAGGGUAAAGCAGUGAACCCCAAAAUGACGAGCAACCUUCCCAGCACCGUGGACCUCUCUCACCAGCCCCUGCCACCAAACAAGCAGAAUGGGUCCUCUAGCCAAAGACGAAGAUUCAAUCCUCAGUAUCAUAACAGGCUAAAUGGGUCUGCCAAGCCCCAGGGCAGUGGUAGCGACGCCGAUCCAAUGGUGAAGGGCAACAACCGCCACGAACACAGAAGACAGCCACACAACGGCUUCCGUCCCAAAAACAAAGGCGGCGCCAAAAACCAAGAGGCCCCUUUGGGAACAAAGACCCCCGAGGCCCCGGUGCACCCGGAAAAGCCGCGGCGAAGGCAGCACGCCACAGACAACGCGGAGGCCAGGCCCUUCCGGGGCAACGUCUCCAGGGUCUCCCAGUGCAACCUCUGCCCCACGAGAAUAGAAGUGUCCACAGAUGCUGCGGUUCUCUCAGUCCCAGCUGUGACGUUGGUGGCCUGAGCGAGGAGACAAAAAAAAAAAGCAUUUUUCACUCAAUUUUGGUUCCCUGCCCGAGGUGCUGACCCAAUUCGCUGCCAAAAGAGAGUCAAUCAGAAUAGACAAACCCUAUGCGGUUGAGUCGUCCUCUCUUAAUCAUUUUUACUAAUUCUAAUAAUCAGCUCUAGCUUGCUUCAUAACUUUCACGGCUUUGCUUGAUCUGUUGAUGCUUUUUCUCAUCAAGACAUUGCAGCAGUUUAGCCAGGCAGUAUUUACUCAUUUGUUAGGAAAAUCAACAUGUGGCUAAAGGUCAGAGGCUCAGUAGCACCCUAUGUUGUAGCAGUGAUGUCGGUCCAUUGAUCGUCCUUAGAGAGUUAAUGUUGAAAAACAUUCUUAUUGAUCAGACAAACGUGAUCUGCCGAAGACACAUGCGCUUUUGUAGAAUUUAACAUCUGGUGUUUUUCUGAAAUAUAUAUAUAUAUACAUAUAUUGCUUUAUUUGAAACAAAUUAAAAUAUGCUGCAUUUGA